UAAAAAAUCAUCUCAUGAACAAACUCAGUAAAAGGAGUAAUAUUUUUUAGGUACAAUCACCUGUUAAAUCAAGAUAGAGAUAGUGUUAGAAAUACAAUAAAAUGCUAAAAUCAACUUCGAAAAGUAAUUAUCGAAACCAAAAUAUCUCUGACGAAACUGCAUUGUCGAAUCACAAGGUGUCUUCUGCGCAUGCGUUUGUUUAAACAUUGGCGCCUGUUAGUGCGAUCAACAUUCAUUCAUCACUUUCUGUAUUAACACGACCGAUAAAAACAUCAGAGAUGAAUCACUGCGAGCUUGAAGAAGUGACACAACAUAUCAACAACAAAAUUUCCAUGAUCAAAAGACUCCUGGAGCUUCGAGCUGUUGCAAAAGAUCCAGACAAACGUGGGACUCUUCUCAAAAUUGGGCAAGAAGUCAGUGCCAUAAAUGAGCUUCUUGAUCGCUUUGAGAAAUAUGUGGGCAAGCAAAGAGACUUGCUGAAGCAUUUGAAGGAUCUAGAAGGUUUUUUUCAGGAGGAUGAACAAGAUGCCUAUCACCUUAAGAACAACACCCCUCCGCACAUGCCAAAAAGAGGCCAGCAAGCAGCUCCACAAGGAGGAGGACAGGUGGCAGUUCAGAGCAGGCAGACAGAUGCGCCAGCCGCCCCUCAGGAACAAGGGCCGCCCAGGAAAACUCAGCGCAACCAGAUCAAAGAGAUGGAGUUCAUUACCGUCCCUGAAUUUGACAGCAUACCACCGUACAUGAAAGGGCGCGUAACAUACGAUCAGCUGAACGCAGCAGUACAAAGCAUCAACACAGCCGUGACCUCAAAAUAUAAAAUCCUCCAUCAGCCAGUCAAGACCCUAAACAACGUGUCUCGCUCGCUCCAGCAGCGCUUUAAAGAUCAAGAAACAAAAGACACCAAAGGUCAUUUUUUUGUCGUGGAGCAAGACAUCAAAGAGUUUGCCCAGCUGAAGGUGGACAAGCGGUUUGUGGGCAUGUUGAACAUGUUACGCCACUGCCAGCGUCUGAAGGAGGUCCGAGGCGGUGGUCUUACACGAUUCAUCUUGUUAUAAAGACGCCCACAUCCCUGCGUUUAAAAAGCCACUAUGGACAAAAGGUUUUCAGUGGAAUGAACAUCAAUGUUUAUGUCACCAAAAACAGACCAUUUCAUACUGGUGGUGUUUCUGCAGAGAAGAGAAACAGAGAAAGGAUUUCAUGUUUAAAUAUGCUCUGUUAUCUGUCUUGUAACAGAAAUGUCAAAAUUGACACAUAGUUUAUUUAAAGUGUUAAAAUAAGCUGUAAAUGUUUCAGAAUUUAUGUUUGAUGUAUAAUUUUGUAUGUUGGGGAACAAAACCUCAUUAUUUUGCUGAACAAACUUCUUUCCAAUUAAUGUCAACAACAGACUUAAUUGACUCAUAAAUUCAAAAGCGCUGUUCUGAAAACCUGUUACUAAUUCCCAGCGGUGCCCCAUUGUGAAUUAGCAUUCUGGAUUUGGCUUACAAAUUGACAUUGUGAAUUAACGGCCAGGUCACUUUAUCUGUGAUGAUGAAAUUAUCAAUUGAUUGCUGUUUUAUUUAUCUUGGUGGAAAGUGCAGAAGUGUUGGAGCUCUAAUAAAAUUGUAUUUUUUUGUAACCUCA